AUGCCAAAUGAAAAGUAUUUGAUAUACUUCGUAGUUUAUAUGUCUCAGCAAGUAGUUCUAUUUGUCGGUAUGACCCUCAACUUUUUCACCAAGAAAUCUGCUAGCUCUCAUUCCGAAUAUGUCAUCGCAACCCACACAAAAUGUAUUGGAACAUUGAAACUUAUUAUGAUAGUUAUUGCUUCAGUCUGUUAUUUGAAUGGCUAUGUAUCUGAAAUGAUUGUCCCUGGGUUUCUUGCAAUCGAUCUUUUUCUUGCACCAAUAGUUACUGAAAUAACAGAAAUAAUAACGAACCCAAAAACCGUGAAGCCUAUUCGAGUACAGAUGGCUCUAUGUAAUAUGUAG